CCACCUAUCCAUCCAUCCAGCCCUCUUGUAGCCCAGCUGCCUCUUGACCUCGCGGCCACGCCUUCUUUCCUCUCUCUUUGUCAUUCAUAAACGCACCCUGCAGCUUCGUUUUGAACAAACUAAGGCGUUUCGCUUCCUAUAGAUAUAUCCUCUGAUGUUCUCCCCUUCUCAACUUCUCUAUAUUCGAUACUCUCUCCAUUGGCGAGGAUGGAGGUGACUGAGCCUUCUGUGAUGGACCGAGAACAGCUGACCGCCGAGAUGGACUUCAAUGACUCGUCGAUCGUCAUCAAAAUCCGCCGCCGCCUUCCCGACUUCCUCCAGUCGGUGAAGCUCAAGUAUGUGAAGCUCGGCAUUCGCUACACCAACCCCUAUGCCUUCCUCUCGGUUCCUCUCCUGGCCCUGGCGGCCACCUCCUUGCUCCGGCUCGACCGCAUGCUGACCAUGCCGGCGCAGCUCUCUGUCGACCUCGCGACCUGCCUCGUUUCAUCUGCCGUCAUGGCAGUCCUCCUCGCCGCCUACUACUUCCAGCGGCCGCGCCCUGUCUACCUCAUCGACUUCGCGUGCUACAAGCCGGACGACAAGCACAAGAUCUCCAAGGAGGGGUUCCUCGAGAUGACGGAGAGCACGGGGAGCUUCACGGCGGAGUCCCUCGACUUCCAGACCAAGAUCGCCAAGCGGUCCGGGCUCGGGGACGAGACGUACCUCCCGCCGGGCAUUCAGGCGCGGCCCCCCAGGCUGUGCCUGGCCGAGGCCCGCCUCGAGGCGGAGGCCGUCAUGUUCGGCUGCCUCGACGCACUCUUCAAGACAACCGGCAUCGACCCGCGGCGCGACGUCCGAAUUCUCAUCGUGAACUGCAGCCUCUUCAACCCGACCCCAUCACUAACGGCCAUGAUCGUCAACCACUACAGGAUGAGGGAGGAUAUCAAGAGCUUCAACCUCGGCGGAAUGGGGUGCAGCGCCGGACUGAUAUCUAUCGACCUAGCGAAAGACCUGCUGCAGGCCAACCCGGAUUCGUACGCCAUCGUGGUGAGCACGGAGAAUAUUACACUGAACUGGUACUUCGGCAACGACCGGUCGAUGCUGCUGUCCAACUGUAUCUUCCGCAUGGGCGGCGCGGCGGUGCUGCUCUCGAACCGGAGAAGCGACGCGGGGCAGGCCAAGUACCGGCUGGUGCACACGGUGCGGACGCACAAGGGGGCCAACGACGGGUGCUAUGGCUGCGUGUACCAGCGUGAGGACGGGAACGGGGCGGUCGGGGUGUCGCUGGCGAGGGAGCUGAUGGCGGUGGCCGGCGACGCGCUGAAGACGAACAUCACGACGCUGGGGCCCUUGGUGCUGCCUCUGUCGGAGCAGCUCAAGUUUCUGACGACGCUGGUGGCGCGGAGAGUGUUUCGGCUCAGGGGGGUCCGGCCAUACAUCCCAGACUUCCGGCGAGCGUUCGAGCAUUUCUGCGUGCAUGCCGGGGGAAGGGCGGUGCUUGAGGAGGUGCAGAAGAACUUGGGGCUGGGGGAGCGGGACAUGGAGCCGUCGAGGAGCGUCCUGCAUCGGUUCGGGAACACGAGCAGCAGCUCCCUAUGGUACGAGCUCGCGUACGCGGAGGCCAAGGGGAGGGUGGCGAGCGGGGACAGGGUGUGGCAGAUUGGGUUCGGGUCAGGGUUCAAGUGCAACAGCGCGGUUUGGCUGGCGAUCCGGGACGUGCCGCCGGUGGGAAGCGCCGUCGGCGGCCGCCGUGGAGGCGGGUGCAACCCUUGGGCCGACUGCAUUGAUAGCUACCCGGUUAAAUGACACGCUGGCUGUGACCUACUAUCUACUGCUGUAAUGUUGGGAAAGGCAAGAACAUAAGUUAAUUGCCUUUUACUUGUUUAUUUUUUAUUUUCCUUUUUUCAGCUUUCACAUAAUAGCUGUGCUAGGCUGUAAACGUGUGGCUCAUUCAAUACGAUGUUUAGUGAAAGGAAGCUUGAAGUUAUAAUAUAGAUGAGAUUGUUUGAUUUAUGGCAUGUUUAAUGAAAUUAAAGCAAGCUUGAAGUUAGCUA